AUGCACGGCCGCCCUCGCAAGACUGCCAAGGCAGAGGAUCUGGUGGCCUCCGCUGCCAAGGCAGAGAAGCUGCGACAACUUCAGAGCCAACUCCUCCGCAACCACAACGACCGCAUGUAUGGAGGAGAUAUCUUCAUCAAUGCGAGGAUUUUUCUCUUGGACUGUUUGGUUCAAUUUUGUACUCUUAAGAUCUAUCGUGUUUUAUGUUUUCUUUUGACAGAUACAACAAGGAGGCAUUGGAGAUCUGUUCGAAGCUGCUAGAAGUCAACCCCGAGGUGUACACCGCUUGGAACUACCGGAAACUUGCCGUCCAGAGUAACCUUGAGUCCUGCGGUGAUCACGAGGUCGUCCAGUCUAUUGUCAACCAGGAGCUAAAGAUCGUAGGUUCUUCGAUCAUCCAUCCUUUCCUUUCUCUCUCUCACCAACCAAGGAAAUGGAACCGGGCAAGAAAUUUCCGUCAAAGUUUCUGGCUCAAUUGUCUGUUCGUCUUUGCGUCUAAUUGUAAUUGUUAACUUUUUCAAAAGGCGGAGAUCGCUUUGAGGCGGAACCCCAAGUGUUAUGGCGCCUGGCAGCACCGGAAAUGGAUCUUGAACUUGGGAUCCGAUAAAGCGGAUUUCGACCAGGAGUUCCGGCUUCUAGAUCAGUUGUUGAAGGCCGACUCUCGGAAUUUUCACGGAUGGAAUCAUCGGAGGCAAGAUUCUUAUUUCCAAUGCAUAUUCAUCGUCUAUCAGCUUCUGUUUCUAGUUUUCUUUUCCUUGCUAUGAUUUAAUUUUUCUUUGAACUUCAGAUUUGUUGUGGCCCUGAAGAAUGUGAAGGAGGAGGAGGAGCUGAAUUUCACUACAGAGAAAAUAAAUACAAACUUCAGUAACUAUUCUGCAUGGCAUAAUCGGAGGUAUGUGAUCGUUGUAUGCAUUCUUUUUCUUUCGUUUCUCAGUCAGUUAUCUAAAUUUGACUCUCAUCAACGACGUGGAGAAAUUCUUUCACAUAUCUUCCAAGAUAAAAAAAUUCUUAUGUUAAAAAAUGUUAGAAAUUUUUUUGAGGGCAACACAGGCCCUUAUGUUAAAAAAAUGUUCACUAGUCAUGUUGAUUCAUUGUCCCAAUUGCAAGGUGUCUUCAAGUUGAACAUAGUUAUAUCCUCAGAAAGAAGAAAUAUUCGCUGAAAGUAAUACAUGACGAGCAAUAGAAUCACUAUAACGAAAAUAUGUUAGAUGGAUGAUGUCUAACGGACAAGCUAUCUUAUUUUCAGAAUUAAAUAAACCACAUUAUAGAGAAAAAAUAAAAUUCCUAGUAGUUCUGCUUAGUCAUUCUCUAGACUCUUCAUUUUAUUCUAAAACCCUUACUAUUUUAUUUUACCCUUAAAAUUUCUUACCUUGGAAUUUCAAAAAAGGAAUUUUUCUGAAUAUGUAAGGAUUUUCAUUUUCCUAUUUCUCAAAUUUAAUAUUAGAAGUUACUAUCUGUUGAAAAUUUCAAAGCCCUUUCAGUAAAUAAACAUGUUAUUUGAAACAACCAACAAAUACAUGUAUUUAUAAGGGUGUUCCCUAGUUUGUGGGGUGGGAGAACUUGCUUCGUCCAACUUAUAGAUGCCACUCAGCACAGAAACCUUGUGGUGAAGGGGUCAGUUGAAGAUUGUGCAGUAGUUGAAAAGUGGAAUGGCCACCUGGGAAAGGAAUCUGCUUUUUAUAGCUAUGCGUCCAGACAUUGGCCUUGAGUUUAAAUUACAGUUUCUGUUGAGCAGUGAAGGGUGAAAGAAUAGAUGAUAGACUAUCUACUUGGUUGGUUUAGUUUGUGGUACCAACUGGUGGAAGGAUAAAGGUGGUGAUAAUACUGUUUUUUAGAGGCAUUUACUGGUUGAGUUCAGAAAGCACAUGUCGUUUGACUUUUCUCUGUUAUCAACUCCAAGACAUAAUUUCUGUUUGGAUUUCAAAUUUACUGGCGACACUUUGGUACCUAAGUGAACAAAGUGAACAUCUAUUAAAUUUCUUUUGUUACCUGCACCAUUGAAUCGAGGUUUUUUUUUAGCAUCUCAUUCAACAUCUGAGCUAUUAAAAAAUUUCUAAGCUUAUUCAUCUGUCUUGUAGAAUUGAUUUUAGAUGCAUUUGUCAUUUUCUUACUCGCAUCUGUUCAGUGGAUUGAUCAAUGUAUUUGAACUGGACUGUAGUGUUAUUCUUUCCCACUUGAUGAAGCAGAAUGCCCCGGGGUUUGAUCCUAGAGAAAAAGUUUUAACAGAGGAAUUGGAAUUUAUACAUCAAGCUCUUUUUACAGAUCCAGAUGAUCAAAGUGGAUGGUUCUACCAUCUUUGGCUUCUUGAUCAGAUUAUAGCUCGGGAUUCUCCUUUUCUAAUUUCUUCAUGGCCUGCUCAUGGAACAGAGGUUAUUCUGUCAAGUAACACAAGCGUGAAAGAUUUCCAGCAUUUUGAAUCAACUGAGUAUGCUCAAUACAUCAGAGCUCUCCCAAUUGUUUUGUAUUUUAAUCAAGCAGUUAAAGGUGUUAAUUCAACCACAGUCACAGUAGAAUCUAUAUUUACUGAAAAUGUUGACCUCAUUUGGAAGCCUCUCUCAGCAAGUAACUCUGUAGAGGCUCAUUGUUGGGUUACAUAUCUGAAUAUUUCUGAGAGGGAUUGUAAUUCCCUGGAACCUUAUUCAAUCAAUGUUAGCUUUGGUAACACACAAGGUCUUGUUUCCUCAGAUGGUUGCCCCUUGAGUUAUGCUUGUCAGUGUGAGUUUUCUCUAAAGAUAAGUCCCUAUUCUCCAGGAAGUUGCAGCAAAGAAUCUAAUGUUAAUAUGGUUCACUGGGAUAAUGAAAACUUUUCUAGAAGUGAGUUUCUUCAGAUUAGACCUUUCUUGAUGUCUUAUCAACGACAAAAGAUCAUUGCGAACAGUGAACUCCUGAUUUCAGAAUGGUGUUCAGAGACCUUAUCUCGUGAAAUAAUGCUUUUCCGGAAGCUGAUAUCUGAAAUAAACUGGUUAGUUCUUCAGUGUCUUAUAACGUCUUUCUUGAUGGACAACUUUACUUGUCUGCUUGGCUUAUGCGUAUAUUAUUUAUUAUCUACCUUUUCUUUGUAGUAAAAUCGCAAAGCUCACUUUGGGCCGAUUACUCAUAGCUCGUAAUUUCAUUCUAUCUCGUGGGAUCCAAUUGACCAAAAAUAGAACACAUUUUGAGGAAACUUUACAGCUGUAUGAUGACCUAAUCAGACUGGAUCCAUCACAUAUUGGUUAUUACAAGGACCAACGCAGCUUAGUCCUGAUGGAUCAGGUUGGUUCUUUUUCUGUUCACAUUUUGAUUCAAAUCUUAAUUGGAUGGUUUGGUCCAUUUGUGAUGGUAUGCUAUGAAUUAUCCCAAGGUGGAGUUUUGGUUUUAUUCCACAUUGUCUGCAUUGAUGAAAUAAAUGUUACUGUUGUGAAGAGCCACGUUAAAAUUAUGCAACAAGAAGAUGAAGCAAGCACCUUUGUGAGUUUAUGUGCAUGCACUUGAAUUGCAUUGCUGCAAUUGCAUAUGUUUAUUUGUUUGUCGUCCUGAUGUAGCCCAAAAAUUGCUGUGAAAUGAGGGAUGAAAAGUUUUUAACCCAGGUGAAGAAAACUAGUAGGAUCUGCAUCGAAACUGCUAAAAAGUAUUUAAUUUUAUACUAGAAUGGAGUACACCAAAGUUUUAGAGCAAUUCAAGUGAAUCAGAGACUCAAGAGACUCUAUUUGGCCCAAAUUCAGUUUGAAAUGGGCCAAUAAGAGAUUUGGUCACAUGUUCAAUGUGCCUAAAUCUUAACUCACACAUUUUAUUCAUGUCAAAUAUUCCCCCUGUUUUGUUUAGGACAUUCUUAUUUCUUAGGGGCGUUCUAACAGAAUCUUCCUUUUUCAUAGGAAAGUUUAAUUUAUUUUUUUUCCUAUUUUCUUGGAUCAUAACAGAUUUUCCUUUUUAUAAGUUAGUUAUAAUUAAUUUUCAGCCUAUAAAUAGGAACCCCCCCUUAUAGCCCUAAAGGCAAUCCACGGUUUUAUCAAUCAAAUUUCAAGUUCCCUUCCUUUCUGGAGGGUCCCUGUGGGCUUAGGGAGCCAUUUUUGAUCUUGUGGACUCACUAUCAACCCCUUGUGGACUCAAUGGGUGAAAUCUCUUCAUUCUGUGGAUUCAGAGUAAAGUGCUUUCAACCAAGGCAUGUUCCUUUUUGGAUUCAAGUUGUCAUUUUGCUUCCAGAAUACACAGCCAAAGCUGAAACAUGAUUAAGUCAUCAAUUCUUCAAAUUUCCGAUGCGUCACAUUUAUUGAGAUAAGAUGUAAACAUUACGCAAGGCAAAGUGUGAGUUUUUCUUAUUUCAUGACUCUGUUGAAUACUAAAACGCUUCUUUCACAUUUUUUGAGUAUUUGUCCCCCAUUUCCUUUGAAUUUCAAGUCAGUGAUAAGGACUAUGGAGAAAAGGAGUUCAAACCUUGUUUGCUUGCCUGUUACCAUUCGCCAGGAAGUGUUAUCAAUUAUAAUCCCUUGAAGAGGAGCCCUCAGUUAAUUGCUGGUUCAUGCAUCAUGGGGUUUAUUUCAUUCUUCUAUCAUUUAUCCAUAUAAUUAAAAAAUUGAAAUCCUGGAAAAUCUUAUUGGAAAUAAUUUAUCUUCACCGAAAAGUGAGCUGAAAGAGCACAUGCUAUGUUUUACUAUGGAAAGCAUAUUUUCAUGCAGAAUGAAUGUUGAUGUAAAAUUUAUUUGAGGAUUUUUUUUACAGAAGUUGAUGGAAAUUAUUUCUCCCAGCUGAGACUAUGAUUUUGAAAUUCGGUGGAAUGUCCAUCUUGUGAACGGAAACUAUGUUCAAAGAGGCUCGUAAAUUAAUAAAUACUAAGCAAAUAUAUACUGUUUUAUAUUCGUAAGUUUUGAGCAACAUGCCAGAUUGGUUGGACUUCUGCUUUGGGUUUUAAUGGACUUUUGAAGGAACUAGAUAGAAUUUGAUUAUAAUUUUGUCUUCUUCUUGGAUCUGACCAUCUAUCUUUGCUUGAUUACUAAAGGAUUUCUUGAGUAUUCAGAGAUUGGCAGUAUGACAUUUUCAUGGGUCGUGUUCACUAAUUAAAGUUUGCAUCAAGAAAAUGCCAGUGACUUUCCCUUCCUCUCUUUUUGUAGUAUAGGAGAAAAGAGAAUGCAACACGUCCUGAACACAUCAAGAUCACGUUCUUCAUCAAGUGACAACCAUGAAUCUAACCUUGCUAAUAUGCUAAUCAUGAAGUAAUUUCUACAGGUUUAUUUUAAUCAUAACUUUUAUCAUAACUUUUCAUAACAAAUGGCUAUGCGGACUAGGAAAGAGUAGUUUCUUGUGCCUUCUAUUGUUUGAGAUACUUACUUUACUAAUUGCAAUGUGUCAAGAUUUGUUUCAAAAAACUGUUGUAGAGCAUCUCUGAUUGGGAGCAAUGGUCUUCUUUCAAUCGAUUUAUUGACAAUAGCUUCCGACUUUCUGCUGGGUAAUGGAUGGAAACUAAAAUUUUCGAGGGCCACAACUGAAUAUCAUUGCUAUUGCUAGAACAUUUCAGGAACCAUGAUGCGUUUCAUUUUUUAAGGAAUAAACACACCCGCUAAUGGAUGGGGUAUACAAUUUUCUAAGGAACCUUACAAAGGGCUGUGGUGAUGAAUGUAUUGACUUAUUUCUAAUACGUCAACACAUUUCAUUGUAGAGAAAGAUGGCAUCAUUAAUUGAAGGUCGAAUGCAAAAGGUUUGUUCAGUAGCUAGGGAUGAUACAAAUUACUGUGAUGGUGAAUGCCAGGUUUGGUGGUGAAGAGUGGCUUUAGAGUGUAUAUUUUUAUAAGUAUUAAUAUUUCGAUGAUAAUUGGUUUAUAAGAGGUGGCUCACUUGAGAUAGAGUUCAAUCGUCAAACCCAAUAUUCAAAGUAUAAGGCCUGAGUCUUGCAAAAGGAGACGAUUGAUUAUCUUUGUAAAAUGUUGGAUUACAAAAGUAAUGUGGAAAUGUUCUUUAUAGCGAAUCAUUGCCAAAAUUGGCUAUUGACCUUCAUUGGUUGAGAUUUUCUUACCAGCUACCUGGUUGACAGUAUGUGCUGAGGGAAAUCACAGGAAGUUUGAACAGAAAUUCAGAGAAUAAAAGGCAUGACUAAUGUAGCUGUCUUGCAUGUCGUUAAUAUCAUCAGCUAGUCUAGGGCAAUGAGAAUAUGAGGUCACUGUCGUGUUUGGCGUGUGGACACAGUCAGAAAGAGUUCCACUUGCUUUUCUAUUUUUUUCCUUUGCUUCCUCUUUCUCGUUCAUAGAGAAGGAAAAAUUUCCCUCUUUUUUCCUUGUUGAGGUUGUAUUUACUGUUCCAUAUCAUUUUUGCUUGUGUUUUUCUUGUACCUUAUUUUGCACGUUUUUAUUGAUAUAGUACAGUCGUAGAAUGAACCAUCUUCUAAAAAACAAUCCUGCAGAGCAUGAAGCAUCUCCUUAGAGCACUACAUUCGUUUCAUUAAAACAUUAAGCUUCCUUCUGAAAAAGUGCAUAUUGUUUUUGUGAAUUUGAUUGGUUUGGCACUGUUCUGGGUUAUUCAUAGAAGAACAAGUAUGAAAUUGCUUAGCUUAACCAUCUUGCAUCAUCAGUUAAAGGACCACUUUUUCCUAUCAUCCUGCCAUUUCGUUACGUAGACGGUUCAAGCAAACUAUAACAUGUAACACAUCAAUAGUCGAUGUUUUGAAUGUUUAUGUCACGUGGUUUUUUAAUAUAUUAUCCGAUAGACCAUUCUAGUUCCUCUGCAUUUUCGUUUUGAUGUUUUUGCUGAUAAUCUUGGUCGGUUAGUACGUUCAGUUUUUCUUAUGCAAGUUGGAGAUUAUCCUUUGUCCAGUACGGUUUUUUAAAACCAAAAACGGUUGCUUGCCAUCUUUGUAUUGUGUGUCUAUAUCUAGGAACAUGAAUCCGCAUCUCAGCGCCAGAGGGACAAACAAAAAGCCAUGAUGAGGAACAGUGUCUGGUGUACAAUGCUGUAAAAGCUGCACUUUAAUGUGUGGUUGGAGUUCUUGAUGGACCAAAGAAUCGUACGCAGGCAUAAUAACCGUUCAUGAUCACUCCCGUGCUCAGUUAAAAUUUCUUUUAAAUGCUCAUUUUUUUCACCAGAGGUGAUAAUGAUUAUCUUCUGUACCAAGUUGUUUGAUGACAUGCGUUGGGAUUUAUCAUCGUCAAGCCCAUGACGCCUGACCAAUAGCAAUGAUAUGACAUAAAUUUUAAAAAUCAAUAGAGAAUAAAUUUUAAUAACCGUGUAAGGUUCAGCAAGGAAACAUGAUUUUAGGAUUUCAUAAAAUUUAGGGUAAUUUGACUUUCCUGUAUACUAGGUUUUAAUUUUAAUCUGUUUAGUGUUUAUUAUUAUAACAGUAAAAUGUUUGCUAUUUUAUGCCAUUGGACUUAGAAGCCUACUAUAGCUGUCCCAUCUCCAUUAGGUCGGAGUGAGACUCAUCUUCUUGUAUUAUUUUCUUUGUAUUCUCUUUCUAGCAUGAUCUUUGAGUAUAAAGUUGAAGAUUGGAUUAUUUUUUUUAGCCCCAAGUUUUCCUUUGUUGACUAUCUCUGAUGUCAUCCCUUUCUCUGCAUCAUGGAGAUGGAAAGGCGGCCAAGCUCUACUUCCUUUCUUGAAUCUCCAUCAUUUGUUGUGUGCCACAGUAGUAUGCAAAGUCACUUUCUUUUUCCUACCAAACGCUAUAAUAGUUACACGACGUUCUGUAAGCUCCGUUGAGACAACUUCAUUGGAUGUUGGGUAAGAUUUCUGCCCUAGAAUCAUGCCCUGUCUCCUCAGUCCGUUGGUCAUGCAUCUUCUGCUCCCUCCCAUUUCCCUCUACCAUUGGGUGGCACAUGGCUUUCUCCUCUCCUUCAAAGUUCAUGCGUAAUACUAUCUUAUCAAGUUGUGCAUAUCACCAUCGCUAUCGUCAUUCGUUUGUAUGUUUUUUUCAGCGACUUUUUCGUACUCCCUCCAUUGCAGCGACCAUAUGGACAUUAUUGGCUGCCGAUAAUGCCCCUCUAGCUUCGUUUCUGCUGGAGGAUUUUAUCAUCUUUCAGGCAACAAUUCUUUGCUGUCUUUCAUUCGGUUCUUAAUGUACAUCUGAAAUAUUCAAUGUUGCAUUGGGCUGCUCUAUCCAACAUUGUUUGACAAGAGUGGCUUCUGAAACCUCAUCUUUCAUGACUUGUCCCAGCAUUUCAAAUGCAAACUUCUACUUUGUGGAGGAUUCAACAACAACCUUGGGCUGAUCACCAUAGCUUUAGAGAUGGAUUUAGAACCAUCAUGCUCCUCACCGUCAAUUGCUGCUACUGCUUCAGUUUCCUCUUUUCCUCUGUUGUAGACUUCUUUUGUGAAUUGCAUUACUUCAUGUUUCUCGCAAGACUCGUGAGUUUGUCUGCUUGCCUAUUGGCAUCUCACAAGAUUACCAUAAACGAGAACUUGUGCCUCCUGGGCUGCAGGACUGCUGACUUUAGCUAUUAAGUUGUUGACCCUUGCACCCCUAUCAUGUGCUUACAUUAUUUUUGUUGUUUCAAUGUUCAUCAAAACUUGUUGCUGAUGCUUGCCUCCAGUCGAUUAUCUUUAUUAUGUGACUAGUUCUUGGAAAACUGAUAUAUGUGGUCCAGAUUGAAGAGUUUUAGAACAGUUGCUUGUUUACUGACUUUUGCUACUUGUCAUGGGAAGCUCUUAUUUGGGCCUGGUGUUGUCCCUUUCACCUAUGUCUAGGAGAAAUGCUCAUGUUCGUGUCUUAUGCUUUUUCCUUUCUCUCUGUAGCAUUUACUGUAUCUAUUGUCAACAUUUGAUCUUUACUUUAUAUUUAUUUUUGCAUCCAAUCACAUAUCUUGGCAAAUCAAGCUAGCAAGCUCAUAGAAAUAAAUAUGCAGGUGACCUCGGAUGAAGAGUCUUUGCGAAAGCAUUGUUGGCUCCCUAAGGAAUUAUCCUUGACAAGUGCUGGUCAGAGUGUCUGUCUUCGGCUUAACAAAUUAUCUUUGACGCGCAUAGGGUUUGUUGAGCGUUUGUUAUGGGUUAACAUGCUAGACCUUAGUCACAAUGAACUUCAAUCAGUUGAAGGUUAUGAAUAGUAUUCUUUUUGAUGAUUCUAUUCUUUAUUACAAACCGUUCUUCUUUCUCUAGAAAUUGAAUGGAAAAAGACAGUCUGUUACAUUCCUUUUACAUAUUAUUUUAUUUUCUUUUGCAAAUUAUUUUCCCACGUGAUGUUUCUAAUAAAUGAUUAUGCUUUGAUAAUGUGCUAACUCUUCCGCUCAAAAAACGUAUAGCUCUUUUCUUGGAACUUCAAAAAGCUUUUCAGUAUAUCUCACAAGCCUUCACUCACAUGUUUGGGCACUCUUCAAUGAAGAGUAUGAGUCUCACGACAUUGAGGCUAAAUAUUUCUGAAUAUUUAUUUUCUUUUGUUCUGUCUUGGAUACUUUUGGCUUCUUGCUUAAAUUACCUAACCUGUGUUUGAGAGUGGCUGUUGCCAUUUGAAAUGAAUGUGAACAGUAAAAGAUAAAACUAAAUUUUUGCUUUUUCGAAUCUGAGGAAUUGUUAGCUAUGUGUGUACCAUGUAAGGUUGAAACUAAUUUUUCGUCUUUUGGAACGGAAGAACAUUUGAUCUUGCUGCAUUGCAUUGGCAAACUAAGAUGGGUUUUGAAUAUCACGUUGGAGGGACUGAACCUGCAUUUUGGUGGCAUAAUAGAUAAAAGGUGCACCAAAGGGAAAGAAGGUCUAGAGGCUUGUUGUACGCUGUUGCUCCCAACUUUAUGAUAGCGUUGUCCGAUUGUUCACUGUAAGCGUAUUAAGGCAUAUAAAUGGUGAGAUACUUACUAGAAGCUUGUAUACGCUUGAAACCUUGAUGAAGGCAUUGAUACAUGCAUUUAUAUCACUGUCAAUGUUUCUUCGUGGAGUUUUUCUCAGUUGAUGAUGACGGUAAUUCAAAUGUUGCAGGGUAGGUCUUUGUUAGCGAUGUGUUUUGAAUAUGUCAAUUCCUGAUGAUCGAUAUCUGCACGUCUGGACUAAUUUAGUUGAGAGAAAUCUCACUUGGAAAUGUCUGCAAGGUAUUAAGACAACAUUUAUUCAUUUUCAUUAAUGGAGGCGUUUCACUCAUCAACGACUUGUUUCAAAGCAUACAUUUUUCUAGAAGAAUUGGGACCGUCCAGCUGGGAUUAGAACAUAUCAGCAUAAGAUGCCGAGAUAUCUAAAUCAGUCUUUGAAUAGGAGGCUGUAACAUACCCACUGGUUGAAUCAGCAGAUUGAUGUGUAAGAGGAAUGGGGGAAAAAUAACUCAGUUGACAUGUCUCGAAUGGGGAACGCUUUUCACAGCACCGUCUGAUGUUCUCUAUUUUAAAAGUCAAGAAAAUAACAAUUUUUCAUAACUCUGUUUUCCAGUGUCUGCCUGAGAAACAUGAUCGUCCAACAAGGGCCGCCAUCUUAAAAUCAACUUGAUUAGCAUGAUAAGGUGUUUGCCUCAGUCUUCUCGAACCUGUUUUGCUUGUCUUGAAGGGCAUGUCAGUAGAGUAUUUUGAAUGUUCACCUUCCUAAUUAGCUGGAAGGUAUAAAGUCGAUGAAUGGGAGAUCCAAGGCCUCCGACAUGAAGGAGAAGAAAAACACAUGAACAUUACACAGAGGUCAGGUAAAUGACAGUCUAUGACUGUUCCAUAUCCUUGUGUCUAGAAAAUAGGCCUCCGACUGAUAGCAUUUCAUGUCGUUAACUGCAAGGGUCUAGAAAAUAGGCCUGGUAUGCCGAUGUUUUCAAUGUGCAAGGCCCAAGCACGUUAGCAUCUAGUUUGGCAUUACGAGAUGUAGCAUGCCCUAGCUAGUUUGGAAGGCUACCAUACUGGUAACCAUAAUAAGUCCGGCAACAAUCAUUCUAUGAGAAAUUAAUGUUUUUAUGAGGCACUAUUUCUCUGAACUUAAGUUGGUUUCUCAAGAAAUUUCCGAAUCACUUGCACAAGCCAAGUCACCUUGUUCUCUGAUCCUGCGCAUGGGUUCUCUCAUUCAUGUAGUGCAGCCAUACUGAUGAUCUACAUACAGGAUUCUGAAUACAAGCGCAGGGGUGCCCCUUUGACUUAUCAACCACUUGAUACCCAUAAAACCUUAGUGGUCCCUCAUCUAACAAGUUCUGUAGAAUAUUUUAUCUUUGAGAACACAAUUUGUUUUAUAGCUCCGUCAGUAUCACUACAUUUGAAGGUAUGAUUGCGUGGUUUAGUUCUCAUAUUUUCCUAUUACAGUAAUGUUUGAUAAAUCCUUGUUGAACAUGUUUAAGUUAGUGUGUGACUGAAAUCUUGAACAGCAUAUUCUGUCAGAAAGGUGGAGAAGUUCCCUUGAUGUUGCUAAUCUGUUUUUUCGACCCACCAUGUAAGCAGGUCUGGAAGCAAUGCAGCUCCUUUCCCACUUGAACUUGAGCCACAAUAAACUCAGCAGCAUGACUGCGUUGGAACCUUUGAGACCGAUGAUCUCACUGCAAGCACUGGAUAUCUCUUACAACGAGAUCGGCGCCCAUUCUAUCGACACUAAGAGGUACCAAUGUGCUUCCUCGCCCUUGUCCCACCCGGCGGGAACCUGUGGAGAUGUCCAAGGAUUUGAGGAUUUUGAUCCCGAGGAAGUCAAGCUCUACUGGGACGCCAUACUCAUCUUCAAGCACCUGCACCUUACGCAGCUGGAUGUGGUGGGAAACCCCAUUCUGAACGAGCCCUUUUCUUCGCUGAUGAUCAGACUGGUUCCUUCACUUCAGUGGCUUGACGGCCGGCCUGCUCAGCAGUCUUGA